ACAUCACUUCCCCACCGCCGGGAAAGCAAACACGCUCCUGAAGCUGCAGACGAAGAGAAGUGAGACCGAUGUGAGUGAGUGUCUGCAUAAAGCUGUCAGCUGUCGGCACCUGGAGCCUCUCGACCGAGAGCGUGGGCUUCUUCUUUUUCUUCGUCUUCUCGAGUCAUCAGGAGCGCUCACUUUGUCACUGAUUUGCCGGGACACUUCUGAAAAGUCUGCGGAGUGUUCUGGGCAUGGAGAGACAACUGCUCUGACUGAUAAUCGGAUUUCUUCCUGCAUAUUCUUCUUUCUGAAUAAUGGAGAGUUGACGGCUCAAGAGAAACUUGACUAACAGCAGUGUGACGGCAUAAAGAGGGUAAAGCUCUCUCUACAGAAGCAGGGUUUCUUAUUAUCUAUUUCAAACUCAUCGUACCUUCUGCAGAUCAGCUGACGGGGAGAAGUGUCAUGGCUGCGUAUGGACAGACUCAGUACAGCCCUGCCCUCCAGCCUGCAGGGCCAUACACACCUUACACUCACCACACACAGGGCUACAGCAUGCCAUCUUACAACAUUAAAACAGAAGACGGCCUGAGUCACUCUCCAGGACAGACGGGACUACUGGGCUACUCAAACUUCAGCAGCACUCCUCCCAGUCAGAGUCUCUACAGCUACUCACACACACACGGUGGUGGUAUUUCAUCUGGAAUUUUUCAAGGCACCCAUGCAAUCUCCAGUUCAACCCCAUUCAGCUCUACCCAACAAGAGUUUUCAGCGUACUCAAGCUACAGUCAGAGUCAGUACUCUCCGUAUUAUAACUCGCAUCACUACAACAGCCCCUACCUAAGCAGCAGCAACAUCAGCCCCGCUGCCAUCACAGCUCCAUUAGCCUAUCAGCAUCCAGAACACCCCGUCAUGCUGCCCAAUCACAGCCCAGAGUCACACACAGGAGAGUACCACGCGCCACCCAGCCCCCCCACACCAGGUAAAGAGGAGGGGGUCCCAGCACGAAGGGGGUCAGAUGGGAAGUUGAGGGGGAGGAAAAGAGUCAGUGACCCCGCUCCACCUCUGGACUCUGAUAUAGAGCGUGUGUUUAUCUGGGACCUGGAUGAAACUAUCAUCAUUUUCCAUUCGCUCCUCACGGGAACCUUCUCCUCACGAUUUGGCAAGGACUCCUCUAAAGCAGUGUCUCUUGGUUUGUGGAUGGAGGAGAUGAUCUUCAACCUGGCCGACUCGAGACUCUUCUUCAAUGACUUGGAGGAAUGUGACCAGGUUCAUAUUGAUGACGUGGCAUCAGACGACAACGGACAGGACCUGAGCACUUACAACUUUGGGUCGGACGGCUUCCAGAGCCCAGCAGGGGCCGGCUCUCUGUGCCUGGGGUCAGGGGUCCACGGAGGGGUGGACUGGAUGAGGAAACUGGCUUUCCGAUACCGCAGAGUCAAGGAGAUCUACAACACAUACAAAAAUAAUGUUGGGGGUUUGCUGGGCAGCCCCAAGCGAGAGGAGUGGUUACAGCUGAGGAGAGAGAUGGAGGUCCUGACUGACUUGUGGCUGACUCAAGCACUCAAAGCCCUGGCUCUUAUCAACUCGAGGCCUAAUUGUGUGAAUGUGUUGGUAACCACCACCCAGCUCAUCCCAGCCCUCUCCAAGGUGUUACUGUACGGUCUGGGCUCAGCUUUCCCCAUAGAGAACAUAUACAGUGCCACCAAGACAGGCAAAGAGAGUUGUUUUGAGCGUGUCUCUCAGAGGUUUGGUCGGAGAGCAGUAUAUGUGGUGAUAGGAGAUGGAGCUGAAGAAGAGGCCGUGGCCAAGAAGAAGAACAUGCCGUUCUGGAGGGUUUCCUGUCGGGCCGAUCUGGAGGCUCUGAGCCAUGCACUGGAGCUGGACUACCUCUAGAGGGCGCCGGCUGUCAUGCUGUGCUCUCCCCCCCCCCCAAAUCAUGAGACGCUCCUGAACUCCUGAGUGCAGCUAGUAGGUGAAGGUGCACCCUAGAGACUGAUUCAGAGUCAGUAUUGCUAUUUCAAGGUUUGGCGCAAGGCAUUUGAUCCCUAAUGAGCAACCAGGCGGACAAUUUCACACCAAAGCCAAAGGAACUGUGAGGAUUUCGAAGCGACGCUGCAGUCUCUCUAUGACACAUACACAUGAAGCCAAAAGUGGUGGACCUAAAUAAAAGACCAAAGUAAAGUAAGGGACCAAAGCUUCAUAACUAACCCCAGGGGACAGUUAAUACUGCAAAUACUUUUUAAAAAAGCCUUUCCUUUUUUAAAUUCAGUUCAUCUCAACUUUAUGAUGCACUGAAUGCAAAAUUUUACAUCCUCUAUUGAACACAGUGAGUAUGUCUGCAUGGAUGAAAAGCUCAGAUUGUUGUUAGAUUGUUUGUUUUGCUGUGUCUUUUUUUAAACGUUUUUAUGAGACUAAACCCAUUUUCCACAGGCCAAUACUAUUUUAAAGACAAAAAUAGAAACACGACUUAAAGUUAUGAUGUUACGUGGGAUAGAUUAUGCCUUUACUAUUAAUUUAGAAUUGUUUUUAUUCAUAUGCCGGCUAGAUAAAUGUCAGAUAAUAUUCUCCUCAUAGGUAGAGGCUAUUGAAAAUAGUCUGAUUGUAUUUUACCAUUAAAAUGUGAGCUAUUUAUUAUUAGUUAAUUUCACAACACAAUGAGAUAUGGGAACUCAGCAUAAAAAAUCCCCUUCAAAGACCAAAAAUAUGUUCUUGUAAAAAUGUUUUGAUAAGAAGCUGUCUUGAAGAUGCUGUAUUAUAGGCUGGUGCUCAAAUCCUUACUUUUGAUUCUGGGUUGUAUAUGUUGUCAUGUUUUAACUCUCCUUCUUUUCUGUCCUUGUUCAAUUUCCUAAUAACCUGUUUGUAAUAUAGAUGAACUGGUAUGGUUGUGCAUGUGCCGAUUACACUGCCUGUCAGCUUAGCUAUGAUUUGUAUAUAAUGCUUUAUUGUCCAUUUGUUUUGACAGACAGUUAAAAUAGAUAAAUAAAGAUAAAUUAAUUGCA